CUGCCGGCGGGACCGCACGGACCAGAGGCCUGAGUCUGGAAUUCGGUGCGACGCUACACAAUUUGCACCGGAUAAAAGACCCGCAACGCUGCAGUGAUAUUAGUGCUCCCCACCCCUAGCUCUCUCUCUCCCAACCAUGUCCCUCCCUGUCAUGGAGUCGUCGUCCGCAGCCGCUGCAGCCCGCAGAGUCUCCACGGGAUCGACGAGCAGUGCCGCCGACAAGCGUGCGGAGAUUCUCCGGGCUCUGCGGGCUGAUAACACGACUUUCAACCCCUCGCCGUACGGCCAUGGCCUUGACUCCGCUCUCGAGGUUGAGGCGACUGCAUCAGCUUCUUCGCUCGAUCUUUCGACGAUUGUUCCCCCUGCUAUUGAUAGGAUCCGCAGACGUUCUGAGCUCCCCCGGGUCCGGACGCCCCAGUUGGGCGAGGCGAUCGAGUUGCCUGUCCUGUCUCCCAUUGAAGAACGCAGCAAUGCCCAGUCCAGUGCCAUCGCUAGUGGCCCCAGCCAGCACACUCUCAGCAAGAUUACGGACGUCGAGAUCGCCCCUACGCCGUACGCCGCCUCGCUCAGCUACACUGCGGAGACCCCGACCGUCACGCCUGCACAACGCGCUGCGUUCCGGCGGAAUGCCAGGAUCCAGUUUCUCGCGCUCUGCUAUUCGUUCUUCUUGGAGGGCUGGAAUGAUGGAUCGACCGGACCACUCUUGCCGAGGAUAGAGCGCAACUACCAGAUCGGCUUUGCGAUCGUAUCAAUGCUGUUCGUCACGAACUGCGUGGGGUUCUUGAGCGGUGCAGUGAUGAAUGUGUGGUUGAACCAGAAGCUCGGGAUGGGCAAGGUUCUCAUACUAGGCGCCGUAAUCCAGCUCAUAGGGUACGCCAUGAUGGCGCCCGGCGGGCCCUUCUGGGUCAUGUGUAUCGCGUUUGUAUUCGCCGGCUUUGGCAUCUCGCUGCAGAACGCGCAGGGGAACGGCUACGUGGGCAAUCUCAAGGACGGCGCACGCAAUGGCUUUGGGUUCCUGCACGCCUCUUACGGUCUCGGGGCGCUCAUAUCGCCUCUCGUGGCAACGCAGUUCUCGACUGCUGACCACUGGUCAUACCACUACCUCGUGUCCACUGGAAUUGCCGUCAGCAACGUCCUGCUGCUCGCAUUUGUCUUCAGGACCAAAAACCUAGAUGAGGUUAUGACCGAGGCAGGACAGGCUGUCUCAGAACCUGGAGCCAAUGAGAAUCUGUACGGCCAGAUUAUGCGACUGAGAGAGGUCCAUUACUUGGCAAUGUUCUCACUCAUCUAUGUUGGCGUGGAGGUGUCCAUCGGAGGCUGGAUCGUCACCUUCAUUGAAGAUAGGCGUGGCGGGAGUGCCAGUGCUGGGUACAUCUCCUCCGGCUUCUUCGGCGGGCUUAUGCUCGGACGCAUUACUCUCAUGCAGCUCAAUCGCAAGCUCGGCGAACGUUGGGUGAUCGUUUACUACUCCAUCGUGAUCAUAAUCCUUGAGGUGACCAUCUGGGUGGUUCCCUCGCUCAUCGAGAACGCUAUCGCCGUAUCCGUGGUCGGCCUUCUCAUGGGCCCCAUCUAUCCCGUCCUCAUGAACCAGUCCACCGGCAUCCUGCCCAAGUGGCUGCUCACCGGUUGCCUGGGCUACAUCGGCGGCAUUGGCCAGGCCGGCAGUGCGGUCCUGCCGUUCAUCACUGGCCUCAUCUCAAGCAAGUUCGGCAUCGCGAGCUUGCAGCCUUUCAUUGUGUCGAUGAUGUCGACGAUGAUUAUCAUCUGGGCAAUCGUGCCCAAGGCGAGGCGUAUCGAGUAGAUGUCUCUGCGACCGGUGUGUAAUAUACCCUCAAAACGUGUUUCCCCCUCUGCUGUACAUGUUGAUACCUGUUUCGUGCGCCAUUUUGUUCCCAUUCUCGUGCGUCGUCGUCGCCGUGUUGUGUUUGGCAGCAUACUUGUACUGUUGUAGAUAGACCGCUUUGUAAAACCCGUGUUACGACCACUGGCAUGUAUGUAGAGUCUAGAUCCGCAUGUCCCGAGUCCCCGUCUCAUGUAGGCCGCACGGCGCAUUGAGUCUUGACGCGACCACGUGAUCGUGUUUUUGCGAGUCUGACGCGACCUGCACUAGCAGUGUGCACGUCUACGUACAUACCAACGAGUCUCAGGGCGAGCACUCGAGCAGUC